CUCCAUGUUCGCCGUUACGUAAGCGCGUUUGGCGGCGAAUGUGCAGCAGCUAGCGCGCCGGGGAUAAGGCAUCUUAUCUCUAUAUCUAGUUUACAUUAGCACAUUCCACGCUGGCGUGGUGGUAAUAUCGCGCGCCGCGCGCGUAUCUAUAUAAAAUAAAAUUGGUCGGGACUGUCUGUGCGCGGGCGCACUACGUGCACGGCGACUCGACGCGGCGACGCGCGUGUUAGUGUUUUUUCGACCAUGUCCGACGAAACAAGUCGCGUGAUCGUCCGCGAGGCCAGGCGCGAGGACUGUCAAGAGCUCAUUAAAUUGUCAAAGGAAAUCGCUGAUUUUCACAAGCACUUUAAUUCGCCGCAUGUCGACGUCAAAGUGCUGGAAAAAGAUCUUUUCGACACACCAAAUCCAAACCAGGGAUUUUAUGUUGCCGUGAUUGACGAUAACGUAGUCGGAUACGGACAUUACUAUUAUACAUACACUUUACGACUUGGGAAAAACAUGUGCCUUCAGGAUCUUUAUGUGCAAGAGAAAUUCCGUAGUCACAAAAUUGGUGAUAAACUCAUGAAAGUAAUUGCUAAAAAAGCAAAGGAGGAAAAUAUUGGUAAAAUAGAAUUCUUAGUGAGUGAUUGGAAUCCUGCCAAGAAUUUUUACUUAAGAAGAGGUGCUGUAGAUCUAACUAUCAAAGAUGAAUUCCAUGUGUAUACCUUUAGUAAAGAUGCCAUAGCCAGUAUGGCAUUGGCAUGAUAAAUCAACAUUACAACCUCAAUUAAGAUGCUACAAACAUUUUCAUACCUUAAUAAUGUCUGUGUGCCAAUUAGAAGAGACAUAGUAAUUUUAUACGUGGUGCGACUUAAUUACUAUAAGUACUUAUGCUUAAAUAGUUUUACUAUGGUUUUUUACCAUUAGAUGCAUUCUACAAGUGAACUGUUAUGCCUAUGGACUGUUUAUAUGAUGAAAAUUAUUAGUAACUAUGAAAUAUAAGUUAUAUUCUUUUGUAAAUAUGAAUUGAUAUUUUAAUUAAAAUAUUUUUAUGCUAUUGAGUAUUUGUACUUCAAAUUUUACCAAAUAUUUUAAAUUGUUUAAAAAAUAAUUACUUUUAUAUUCAUGUUAUUGAUUAAUGAACUGAAAAUAAAAUGUUUUUGA